CCUUUUUUUUUCAGGUAUGGUAUGAUAGUGAGUUAAAGCUUGCAAGAAUUGAUAUGAGACCAUCAGAAGAAGACCUAAGGUCACAACUUCUACAAUCUGUGGGCGAUACGUCAGAGUUUAUAUCCCUGUUAUUCGACCUGACAACAGGCUUUACGUAUGUUUCAAGCAUGGCACAAUCGACCUGCCUGUGGGCAGGCAAGCAGAAGGGUUAUUUCUGGAACCACCCCAAUGGUACUCUGAAGACGCCUGAGGAACUCUUCAGAAUCAACUCAAAUCUACAAUACAAGGGGAAGGCCACCGUAAUGGGUGUUGAAGCUGAGACGUGGACAGAGCUGCUCAAAAACAUGGAAAAGUCUUCAAUAAAAAAAAGGCAGCUGUCCUUUUCGUUGCAUGACAAGAGAAUGGAUCGGUAUAGGAAUGAGUACAUCUUCUCUCCGAUACAAGAGGCAGUCUAUGAGCAAGACAGCACACAGUAUAAGAGGUCUUGGGCAUUUCCAGAGCAAAAUGUAACCAUAAGAAACUACCUUUACUUCAACUCCUUUGUGCCUGACCAAGAUGUAUUCAGCCAACAUGCUUGUAUACAAGAGAAGCCAGCAGCCUCUUACUACAUCAACUUCAAACCUUUGAAUGCCUGUACCUUAGACGCUGGCAACAGAACUAAGUUUCUAACAGCUUUUCGCAACGAGCUUGCCAAAUCUACGAAGUUGAGCACCAUCCUCACAGUCCAGAAUUUUCGUUUCAGGUGGUACAAUGAAAAUGGAACGUCAGUAGGAUUCACUUUCCAUGAAAACAUUCCAGAGGAGAAGAUGAACGAGACCACAUUCAGCAAAUUAGCCAAACAGAAAGUACAGGUCGUGAAGCCUUUGACAGUAAGCUUUCGUCUGACAGCAGCCAGCAAAACAAAUGUAAGAUUUAUUUACUUUUUUUUUCUAUCAAACAAUGUCACUAAUACAUGUAUAUACCAUCUCUUCAUGAUAGCAACAAAUCAAAACCAAACUCUACUAUGUCAUUUAUAUACACUCAGGCCUCAAUAUAAUUAACACUGAUAUAAUGAAAUAUUGCUUACAUUGAAGUAAAUGAAAAACAGUCUCUGAAUAGAUAGUUAGGAAUAACCUUUAUAAGAAAUUUUCGGAUACUACGAACUCAUUUUCAUAUAAGAUGCAACUUUGUUAUACUGAUGAAACUUGAAUGAAUACAUAUUUGUGUAACUAUGAAAAAGCCAUUUAUUAGCCUUACAAAUACAAAUAUGUGACUUGAUGAAGCAUAAAUGUAGGAGAUUAUGUAGGAAUGCUUUUGAAAGAAGAGUGUGUUUUGCUUGGACAUAUUAUAUCACCCUUACAGACAUCAUCUCCCUGUACGACCACUUGAGUGUUUGCUGAUCUGGUCAAAGGAAUGUUACUUGCAAUAAUUAAGUUAUAAAUAAAGGAACUAUUGUAGUGGUGAUAAGUGAUUUGAAACAGCAGUACACUUU